AAUGCCCACAUCCGGGAAACCCGCGGCGGACGGCGGCAGCGGCGGCGGCGACACGGAGUGGAAGGCAAAAUGGCGGCGGCAGCGAUGGCCUGGUGCUGAGGGGGAGAGCCAGGUCCUCGCGACCCCGCGUCGGGCCGCGCUGGCCGGCCGCAGCCCCCCGGCGUGUGUCCCCGCCCUGCCCCAUCCGGAACCCCGAGCGACGCUAGGGGCCCUGGGGGACGGGCUCCGGGCCGCCGCGGCGCCGGCCCUCGGGCCCGCAGCCGCUGUCCAGAAGCCUCCCUGUCCCCUGCAGGUUAGUUACUUCCACUGCAGAGAAUUCUAACAUUCCUGGGGAUUUCCCUUUCACCUUGGCUCAGAAGGAAGCCCUGAGUCUUUGGGUUAGCUCCUGAAGAAGUGCUUUGCAGGGGCCACAUAUAGAUGCUUUCAUGAAGAGGGGUGAAAAGCCAGAAGGGUACAGACAGAUGAGGCCUAAGACCUUUCCUGCCAGCAACUACACUGGCAGCAGCCGACAAAUGCUGCAGGAGAUCCGAGAGUCACUUAGGAAUUUAUCCAAACCAUCUGAUGCUUCGAAGGCCGAGCAUAACCAGAACAAGAUGUCGACUGAAGAUCCCAGGCAGGUGAGAAAUCCACCCAAAUUUGGCACUCAUCAUAAAGCCUUGCAAGAAAUUCGAAACUCUCUACUACCGUUUGCAAACGAGACAAGUUCUUCCCGGUGCCCUUCAGAAGUUAAUCCACAGAUGUUUCAUGAUUUGCAGGCUGCUGGCUUUGAUGAGGACAUGGUUAUUCAAGCUCUUCAGAAAACCAAUAACAGAAGCAUAGAAGCAGCUGUUGAAUUCAUUAGUAAAAUGAGUUACCAAGACCCUCGUCGAGAGCAGAUGUCUGCAGCAGCUGCCAGACCUAUUAAUGCCACCAUGAAACCAGGAAAUGUGCAACAUUCAAUUAACCGAAAACAAAGCUGGAAAGGUUCUAAAGAGUCUUUAGCUCCUCAGAGACACGGUCCAUCUCUAGGAGAAAAUGUGGUUUAUCGUUCUGAAAGCCCCAACUCUCAGGCGGAUGUAGGAAGACCUCUGUCUGGAUCCGGCAUUACAGCAUUUGCUCAAGCUCACCCAAGCAAUGGACAGAGAGUGAACCCCCCACCACCACCACAAGUUAGGAGUGUUACUCCUCCACCACCUCCCCGAGGCCAGACCCCACCUCCGAGAGGCACAACUCCACCUCCCCCCUCAUGGGAACCAAACAGUCAGAGCAAGCGCUACUCUGGGAACAUGGAAUACGGAAUCUCCCGAAUCUCUCCUGUUCCACCUGGGGCGUGGCAGGAGGGCUACCCUCCACCACCUCUUAACACUUCUCCCAUGAAUCCCCCUAGCCAGGGACAGAGGGGCAUCAAUUCUGUUCCAGUUGGUAGACAACCAAUCAUCAUGCAGAGUACUAGCAAAUUUAACUUUACACCAGGGAGACCUGGAGUUCAGAAUGGUGGUGGUCAGACUGAUUUUAUCAUGCACCAAAAUGUUGUCCCCACUGGUUCUGUGAAUCGGCAACCACCACCUCCAUAUCCUCUGACCCCAGCUAAUGGACAAAGCCCUUCUUCUUUACAAACAGGGGCUUCUGCUGCUCCACCAUCAUACACCAAUGGAAAUGUGCCUCAGUCGAUGAUGGUGCCAAACAGGAACAGCCAUAACAUGGAGCUUUAUAAUAUUAAUGUCCCUGGACUGCAAACAACUUGGCCCCAGUCAUCUUCUGCUCCUGUGCAGUCAUCCCCAAGUGGUGGGCAUGACAUUCCUACAUGGCAACCUAACAUACCAGUGAGGUCAAAUUCAUUUAAUAACCCACUAGGAAGUAGAGCAAGUCACUCUGCUAAUUCCCAGCCUUCUGCCACUACAGUCACUGCGAUCACACCAGCUCCUAUUCAACAGCCCGUGAAGAGCAUGCGCGUCCUGAAACCAGAGCUGCAGACUGCUUUAGCCCCAACCCAUCCUUCUUGGAUGCCACAGCCAGUUCAGACCGUUCAGCCUAACCCUUUCUCUGAGGGUACAGCUUCAAAUGUGCCUGUCAUCCCACCUGUUGCUGAAGCUCCAAGCUAUCAAGGUCCACCACCACCUUAUCCGAAACAUCUGCUACACCCAAACCCAUCUGUUCCUCCAUAUGAGUCAGGAAGUAAGCCUUGCAAAGACGACCAGCCGAGCUCACCCAAGGAAGAGGAGAGUGAAAAGAGUUCGGACAGUGUUGACUCUGGGGACAAAGAGAGGAAACAGAUUACAACUUCACCUAUCACGGUUCGGAAAAACAAGAGAGAUGAAGAACGCAGAGAGUCUCGUAUUCAGAGUUACUCCCCACAGGCCUUUAAAUUCUUCAUGGAGCAACACGUAGAGAAUGUCCUGAAGUCUCAUCAGCAGCGUCUGCAUCGGAAGAAGCAGCUAGAAAAUGAAAUGAUGCGGGUUGGAUUAUCUCAAGAUGCCCAGGAUCAAAUGAGAAAGAUGCUUUGCCAGAAAGAAUCUAACUAUAUUCGUCUUAAAAGGGCUAAGAUGGACAAGUCUAUGUUUGUAAAGAUAAAGACAUUAGGAAUAGGAGCGUUUGGUGAAGUCUGUCUAGCAAGAAAAGUCGACACUAAAGCUCUGUAUGCAACAAAAACUCUGCGAAAGAAAGACGUUCUGCUCCGAAAUCAAGUGGCUCAUGUGAAAGCUGAGAGAGACAUCCUAGCAGAAGCUGACAAUGAGUGGGUGGUCCGCCUGUACUACUCUUUUCAGGACAAGGACAAUUUGUACUUUGUGAUGGACUACAUUCCUGGGGGGGAUAUGAUGAGCCUAUUAAUUAGAAUGGGCAUCUUUCCUGAAAAUCUGGCACGAUUCUACAUAGCAGAACUUACUUGUGCAGUUGAAAGUGUUCAUAAAAUGGGUUUUAUUCAUAGAGAUAUUAAGCCUGAUAACAUUUUGAUUGACCGCGAUGGCCAUAUUAAAUUGACUGACUUUGGCUUGUGCACUGGCUUCAGAUGGACACAUGACUCCAAGUACUACCAGAGUGGGGAUCACCCACGGCAAGAUAGCAUGGAUUUCAGUAACGAAUGGGGAGAUCCUUCCAAUUGUCGGUGUGGGGACAGACUAAAGCCACUAGAGCGGAGAGCUGCCCGCCAGCACCAGCGAUGUCUAGCACAUUCUCUGGUUGGGACUCCAAAUUAUAUUGCACCUGAAGUGCUACUACGAACAGGAUAUACACAGCUGUGUGACUGGUGGAGUGUUGGUGUUAUUCUUUUUGAAAUGUUGGUGGGACAACCUCCUUUCUUGGCACAAACACCAUUAGAAACGCAGAUGAAGGUUAUCAACUGGCAAACUUGUCUUCACAUCCCUCCUCAAGCUAAGCUGAGUCCUGAAGCCUCUGACCUCAUUAUCAAACUUUGCCGAGGACCAGAAGACCGCCUUGGCAAGAACGGUGCUGAUGAAAUAAAGGCUCAUCCAUUUUUUAAGACCAUCGAUUUCUCUAGUGAUCUGAGACAGCAGUCUGCUUCAUACAUCCCUAAAAUCACACACCCAACAGAUACGUCCAACUUCGACCCCGUUGAUCCUGAUAAGUUGUGGAGCGAUGGUAAUGAGGAAGAAAAUAUCAAUGACACUCUGAACGGAUGGUAUAAAAAUGGAAAGCACCCUGAGCAUGCUUUCUAUGAGUUUACCUUUCGGAGGUUUUUUGAUGACAAUGGCUACCCAUAUAAUUAUCCAAAGCCUAUUGAGUAUGAAUACAUUAAUUCACAGGGCUCAGAGCAACAGUCUGAUGAAGACGAUCAACACACAGGCUCAGAUGUAAACAGCCGUGAUCUAGUGUAUGUUUAAUAAACUGGGAGAUAAUUGUAAGAAUUUGCAAAAGGCCUGAAAUGCAGAGGUUUUUUGAGGUUUUGAGAGGAUUAUGCAAAUGUGACAGAGUUUGUGUGCUCUGUGUACAAUAUUUUAUUUUCCUAAGUUAUGGGAACUUGUUUUAAAAUGUUAAUUUAUUCCACCCUUUUAAUUCAGUACUUUAGAAUAAAUUGUUAUAAGGAAAGUAAAUUAUGAACUGAGUAUUAUAGUCAAUUCUUGGUACUUAAAGUACUUAAAAAUAGUGCUCUGUUUAAAAAGAGAAGCCUGGUAUCUUUUGUAUAUAUGAUAAAUAAUUUUAAAAU